UCAGCUGCUGUCUACAGAAACAUUUCAUUCGCUCCUUGCCGUGUGCCCAGAGAGAGCGCAGCGUGUUGUUUUGGGCUUUUUCCCCCCCUCCUCUCUCCUUCUGAGCUGCACCCCCCUUCUCCCAGCUUGCGUAGCUGCCACCGCCCCUCUAUCAGAAGGGAAAAGAGAACAAGAGGACAAGCGCUCCCUCUCUCUUUUCUUUCUUUCUGUCCCUUUCUCUCUGUCUUUCUCUUUCCCUCUCACCGGAUGAGAAAAUGACAGCUGUUCUGGACCUGAACCAGAUCGCCUGUGCGGUCAUUGGAGUGGAGCAUGAUAUCGAGACCGCCCAUGGAGUCCUCCAUGUCACCAUGCGAGGCACCCCCAAAGGCAACCGUCCUGUCAUUCUCACCUACCACGACAUUGGACUCAACCAUAAGUCGUGCUUCAACACUCUGUUCAACUUUGAGGACAUGCAGGAGAUCACUCAUCACUUUGCAGUGGUCCACGUGGAUGCUCCUGGACAACAGGAGGGGGCUCCCCCUUUCCCCACAGCGUAUCAGUACCCCACUGUGGACGAGCUAGCUGAGAUGAUCCCCUCAGUUCUGACCCACCUCAAGAUAAACAGUGUUAUUGGGAUUGGAGUGGGUGCUGGAGCAUACAUCCUGUCCAAAAUGGCGCUGAAUGAACCUACUCUAGUGGAGGGCCUGGUUCUGAUCAAUGUGGACCCAUGUGCAAAGGGCUGGAUUGACUGGGCUGCAACUAAGCUGUCUGGGUGGACCAGUAACCUGGUGGACAUUGUCAUGGACCAUCACUUCAGCGCGGACGAGUUGACUGACAACCAGGAGAUCAUCCAGACCUACCGUCUCCACAUUGCACAGGACAUCAACCAGGACAACCUGGCCCUCUUCUACAAUUCCUACAAUGGUCGUCGGGAUUUGGAGAUCGAGAGGCCUAUCCCUGGUCUGAAUGAGGACACUGUCAACACACUGAAGUGUCCAUCUCUGUUGAUUGUGGGAGACACAUCCCCAGCAGUGGACGCUGUGGUGGAGUGCAACUCAAGGUUAAACCCGACGAAAACAACUUUGCUCAAAAUGGCUGACUGUGGUGGACUGCCUCAGGUUGUCCAGCCUGGUAAACUCGCAGAGGCCUUCAAAUACUUUGUGCAAGGAAUGGGCUACAUGAUGAACAGCUACAUCCCCCAUGUGCUGCUCAGCCACCUGAACAGCGAAUCAGUGCCCACAGCGAGCAUGACUCGUCUGGUCCGCUCGCGCACCCACUCGUCCUCCAGCAUGGGCUCAGUGGACGGCCCACGCAGCCGCACCCACACCAACUCCCAGCUAGAGGGUGCCACCGCCGGCCCAGCCCAUGACGCCCAGAACCGGCCGCAGACCAUGGAGGUGUCCUGCUAGAGGGCCAACGUGCCCUCUCCGUACCCUCGCGACCACCACCUCCACUUUUCUCUGCUCCAAACCCUCAGUCCAGCCAGACAGGGCUUCAGUGCUUAUCCCAGCACUUUAAUUUGUUUUUGUUUUUGUUUUUUUUCUCGCUUUCUUUUUUCUCCUUCUCUCUCUCUCUCUCUCUCUCUCUCUCUCUCUCUCUCUCUCUCUCUCUCUCUCUCUCUCUCUCUCUCUCUCUCUCCAUCACUACCUUUCCUCUUUCUCGCGCUAUCUAUCUUUCGUUCAUUCCAUACCCAGAGUCAGAGAAUGUUGUCGUGGUUAAAGGGAUGGCGGGCGGAGCUACUGUAUUUGUAAUCCAGAUCUACUUGAGCACUCAAGUCAGAGGCCCCGUGUUCCUCCGUGUUCUCCCUGCGUAGGAGCUCUCGUGCCCCCCACUCCCGGUGGCAUCGGCGCUCGGUGACCAGAUCUCUACCUGUUUGUUGCUUUUGUAAAUAUUACUGGAGAUGUCUUUUUCUGGAAUGGGCGGGGGGGGCAGGUGGAGUUCUGAGUACAUUAGAACGAGGUCUUGAAGGAGGUUAUCUUUGUACAUGUAUUUCCUCUAGGUCUUCCUCUGUAUAGAUUAGACCAAAUCUUCAUCCCAGAGCACACUAAUUUCUCCCUUCCUUUUGUUUCUGUCUUGAGAUACUCCUGAUCUGGUCUCCAUUAUUGGCACUCAUGGAGUGAAAAACCAAUGAUUUUUGUGGUCUUUGUUUUCUAUUAUUAUUAUUAUUAUUCUCAUUAUUAUUAGUAAUGUUAUUAUAUUAUGUUGUGAUUUGUGAAAAUACUUUUUGCUUAUUUAUGAUUGCAAACUAGUAUGACAACGCAUUCUGUAUUUACAUACCAAAACUAUGGACCGCAUGACCCUAUCAUACAGUAGAUUAAUCUCAAUGAAGGUGUACUUCAGGAUUGCAUUUGUCUAGAUGUAUCUAGAGGUAGACAGCAUCAUUGUUAUACUGUUAGCAUGGUCUCUUAUGGAAAGAAUGUCAGCAUUCCAAUUUACCUUAGAUUAAAGAAUCAAAAGACAAGGACUUACCGUUGUUCCUUGACCUAAGGAGGUGCUGGUGAAUGUGGUGUGAACAGCUAUGCUCAGAGAUCUUCUGUUGGCUUCUGUAGCCUCUACACUACAAUUGGAAAAUUCACAAUCAGCUGAAGAUCCGAGGCUGCUAUCUGUUAGCACAUUUACAGAAUAUUGUUGAAAUGUUGAAUUGAAACAACAAAAAUAAUAAUAAAAAAAUGCACAUCUUGACGGGGAAAAAAUUGAUACAUAAAAGAGCAGUUCAAUUCCUCUGACAGACCUUGCCACCUCUAUUCUUCUAAUCCAUGGAUUUAUUUCCAAGAUUUUAUUUUGUUGUCUUCUUACUGUUGUAAUAAAUAUGACCGUUUUUAUUUGUUGUUUUGGAUGGGUACUGUUUAUUGUUCUCUGGAUUGUACCACACCCUUAGCUGAGCUUGUGGUGAUGAUGCGUUGUGCUUUGUCCUUCGAGCUUGAGGGAGGUGUUGUAUUUCAAACUGUAUGCUGAAUAUAUAUAUCAAUUUGUACUGAUAAUGAAAUAAAGCUAGAAAUUGUACAUUAA